CCCUCCCCUCCUGCUAACCAGGCUGGACAGAGUGAGGAUCUGGGAAAGCCUUGGGAACAGAAGAAUAGAAGAAAACUCUGGAAACUGGGACCCAGCGGAAGGGCACCUCACGGGGUGACGAGGAGCAGGCAGAGGAGUGUGUGGCGCCAUAGAGCAUGGGGGCGUCUUAUGGAAAGAAAAAGAAAGCCUACAGUAUUGAGCCACAGUGUGUGAAAAACGGAAAACACCUGAAUGGCAAAGCCUCUGCCUAUGCAGACCUGCAAUGGGAGUCUCCCCAACCGGAGCCGGCUCAGAGGGACCCUUGCGGCUACCCGCGCCGAGAUCUCCCUCCAGUGGCCAGCUACGCGGCUCAGCCGGAUUACAUGGAAGAGGACGAUGAUCUCAUCAAGCCCAAAAAGCUCGUUAAUCCAGUGAAAGCCUCUAAAAGCCACCAGGAGCUCCACAGGGAGUUGCUCCUGAACCAGAAACGGGGGGUGGAGACCAAGCCAGAGCUGCAGCGCGUCCUGGAGCAGAGGAAGAGGGAACAAAUGAUCAAGCAGCGGAAGCAGGAGGAGGAGGCCAGGAAGAAGGUCUCCCCGCUGGAGCAGGAGCUUCUCAAGAGGAGGCGCGAGCUGGAGGAGCUGGAGCGCGAACAGGAAGAACAGCAGGAAGCCGGGUCAAAGAAUGCACCGGAAUUCAUCAAGGUGAAGGAGAACUUGAGGAGGACGUCAUUCCUGAACACGGAGGAGAAGGAGGUGUAAAGACACUUGAGCCACGAGUCCGAGAGCCUGAGCCUGCGAGAGGAGCGCAGGAGGAGGCCACGUGUGUGUUCUGUUCUGCUCGUGUGAAUGGACACAAAUGCACGUGUGUGUGUGUGUGUGUGUGUGUAUGUUUGUGUGCGGCUGGCGCCACACAAGAGAUGCUGUACAGUACCGGCCUGGCAUGGCUGGCCAUGCCCCCCCCCCCCCCUCCCCCCCAGUGCCUUUGGCAUCACACACACAGGGCUGUAUGGGCUGGGAUGGGUGAGGCCAAAUCUGCCAUUCUUCAUAGACCUUUUCUCAGUCUGACUAAACCAACAGAAAGGAGCCGAAGUGGAGAAAGAAACAAUGAACACGAUAUGUCCUACAUAUGUCCUACGUUCUAACAGUGAUGGAAGACCAGAAUGUUCAGUGUAAACCUCCUGCGUAAAACACUUGGCAGUGCUAUUUCUAUGUUGGUUUUUUUUUGCAGUAAAGAAGUGUAAAAUGAUUAUUGAUAAUUCAGCGAAUCUGAAAGAGUUAGGUCAAUGUGUGGAGAUUUUAUAUCUUGCUGUAGGAGGAAUGAACCUGUUCUCUGAAUGUGACAGACGUAUCCGCAAUGACCCAGAAAUAUUUCCUGAUGUCUUGGUAUUAAGGCACUUCAUUGUUUAAUGUAUGCCAGCUGUUGCAAACAGUGUGGCCACAGCCUUUGAUAGCAAGUAAUCAGGAGACAUAAAACAGUGUUAUCAUCAAACCAUGCACAGUGCGAGGACUGUUAAUUUCACAGCUGCCAAAUACCCUAAAGAAGACGCAUUGAAAGAGAGACUACCUAAAAUGCUACCUUUUCCUCACCAGAUACAAUCGGCACAAGUCACUUUUUAGAGUCACAGAAAUAAAGAUAAAAUACACUCUCUCUCCUUCUGAAAGGAACGCAAAUAUCAUCAUUUUUCAUCAUUUGUAAACACGCCCUGGAAUAGUUAUUUGCCAUUGCACAAUCAUGAUAUAGUGGGUGUAUGUAGUCCCAGAUCCCAGGUCAGGUGCGUGAGAGUGAGGUGAGACUACUUCAGUGCACCUCUCUCCCCUUCAGUGCCUUCACCGCUGUGCAGAGCAGUGGCGUACAAAGCUGAUUGAGGCAUACAGGCCACAGUCACUGGUUGCAGUGCUUCAGCGUCAAAAUCAAUGUGUUGAAUUUCAAAAGAUACAUUUUUCUCUAGCCAUCUCAAACUAUUUAGGUUUGUAUGACGAUUAAAGUCAGUGGUCAAGGCAGUUUUCUACAAGACAAAAAAGGACUCAGUGGGAACUUUAGGAUUGUAAAUUGUACUAAUCAUUUAAGUGAAAUUACGUAUCACUGAUUUUUAUAAGAUAUACCAUCCUAACUUUAUCGUAUCACAGUUUCGGUAGGACCGGUCAGAUCCUUUGUACACUAAAGAAAACUGUACUUUUUUCAAGGUGUUCUGGGCACCCCGUUUUGUUUUGAUAGAGUGUUAUUUUUGCCUUUAAAUUGUCCUCAAGCCACUUGAUGUCAAACAGUGUACUUGCAUUAUUUUGAACAUUUUGAUCAUGUUGUAGAUAUUUCUUCCUUUGUUCCUAUUUUAUUUUGGGGGUUUUUGGGAUUAUUUGUGUGUCAAAUCAAAUAUCUAAUCAAUUCACACUUAAAUGUACAGUGUUUAACAUCACAAUAUGUCUGUGAAAAUGAAAAGAGGAAAAGAAUGUAAUACUUUCUACAAUAAUAAAACAUUAACUCUA